GUGUGUGGUUGUAAUCGCCGGGAGGCACGCGUUGAAAGAGUGAGAACAUAGCAAGUAAUACGUACGUACAGUAGUAAAUAAUUGUCGAAGAUUUAGUGAAAGAGAAAGAUGCUGAGAAAAGGAAAUAUCUUGACGAGAAACUUGUGUCGCGUUAGAAAGGCGUUUCACAAUGAAGCUACUAUUAUCGGCAGCGAACAAGACACCCAGUCAGCUGAGUAUCAGGAAAACUACGUACAAAUGAAAGUGGCCGUAGACAAUUUGAAAAAGACUGUUGAGAAAAUUGUAGAAGGUGGAGGACAAAAGGCGAGAGAAAGGCAUACGAAGAAGGGAAAACUCUUGCCACGAGUUAGAAUUAACGCCCUUCUCGAUCCAACGUCUCCUUUCCUCGAAUUUUCGCAACUAGCUGGUUACGAAUUGUACGACAAAGAGGAAGUACCAGCUGGUGGAAUUAUCACUGGCAUUGGUAGAGUAGAAGGAACGGAAUGCGUGAUAAUUGCGAACGACGCAACAGUGAAAGGUGGCACUUACUACCCGAUCACUGUGAAGAAGCAAGUAAGAGCCCAAGAAAUCGCCGAAGAGAAUCACCUACCGUGCAUAUAUUUAGUGGACAGUGGAGGCGCGAAUUUAUCAAAGCAAGCUGAGGUAUUUGCAGAUAAAUGGCAUUUUGGUAGAAGCUUCUAUAACCAAGCGAACAUGAGUGCAAAGGGAAUCGCACAGAUCGCUGUAAUCAUGGGAAGCUGCACUGCAGGCGGAGCGUACGUGCCAGCCAUGGCGGACGAAAACGUGAUCGUGGCCAAUCAAGGCACGAUCUUCUUGGCUGGACCACCGUUAGUGAAAGCUUCGACCGGCGAAGAUGUCUCCGCGGAGGAUUUAGGCGGCGCGGCGCUUCAUUGUCGGACAUCUGGAGUGACCGAUCACUAUGCCAUCGACGACACCCACGCCUUGUACACGGCUCGUCAGAUAGUGAAGGAUUUAAACAGGCAGAGACCGAUGCACGUGAACCUGGAUAAACACUUGGACAUACCUGUGCACGCUGUAGAUGAAAUUUACGGAAUCGUGGGGACCAAUUUGAAGAAACCGUUCGACGCGAAGGAAGUUAUCGCGAGGAUCGUGGAUGGUUCGAGGUUUCGAGAGUUCAAAGCUCAGUACGGAGAGACGUUGGUCACUGGAUUCGCGAGAAUUUAUGGUUACCCUGUGGGUAUAAUAGCGAAUAACGGCGUGCUGUUUUCGGAAAGCGCACUAAAGGGUGCACACUUUGUGCAGCUCUGCGCUCAGAGAAAAAUACCGCUCGUUUUCUUGCAGAACGUCACAGGUUUUAUGGUGGGAAAGGACGCGGAGGCUGGAGGCAUCGCGAAGAACGGAGCGAAAAUGGUGACCGCGGUGGCCUGCGCUCAAGUACCGAAAAUUACGGUGCUGAUCGGCGGUGCUUACGGAGCAGGAUAUUUCGGCAUGUGCGGUCGAUCUUAUUCACCGAGGUUUCUCUAUGCCUGGCCAAACGCCAGAAUCUCCGUGAUGGGUGGAGAACAGGCCGCCAGUGUGAUGGUCCAAAUUACCAAACAGCAACGCGAACGUGACGGGAAACAGUGGACAGCGGAAGAGGAAGAGAGUUUGAAGCGACCAAUCUUAGAACAGUUCGAGAAAGAGAGCAGUCCGUAUUACAGCAGCGCUAGACUUUGGAACGACGGUGUGAUCGAUCCGGUGGACACCAGAGUGGUAUUGGGACUGAGUUUAUCCGCGGCGUUGAACGCACCCAUCCCAGAAAGUAAAUACGGUAUAUUCCGUAUGUAAAGCGUUUCGUGUAACGAACGAUAGCACCUGUGAUCUCCCAAUCGUGAAAUUAUCACCGAGUG